AUGCCUGCCUUUUUAAACUCCAAAGCUCCCGCUAUCUCAAGUUCCCGCAAGGCUCGGAAGGACGAAGCCAAGACUCUUAAGCUCAUGACUCUUGAAGAUCGCCAGUCAUGGCUUGAUUUCCUGCACGGAGUGGCGAGUGAAAGCUACAGGGCGUAUCUUGAUGCCUCCAACAACUUCCAAAACUUGGGGAGAAUGCUCCCCAGCACUCCUGCAAAAGGACGGCCAAGUUUUAUCGAGCAUGUUCUCCACAUGGCAGCCAACAGCCGUGACCACACUGGAGGAGACUACAUCCCCUAUCUGACCGUGAUCUACGAUGCCCUCGUGGACUUACUCAAAACGCCACUUGAAGGCAAUGCACAUCUUCCCCUCGAGUUCAACGAUGACAUCGAAGACUCGGACGAAAAUGCUAUAAGCAUGACAAUCAUUAACGAGAAAGGCCGUAUUAGUUGGAGGAGCAACUACGCCCCGACUGAUCUUCUCGGCCUCGCGGACCCCUACGCAGUCAAGACGGAGUCAAUUAUGCAGCAUUUGUUGCAACGGCUCUUCACGAUCAUCCAUUUCCGUUUAACGGAAAGAAUCAGUAGAGGCGCAGCUCCCAGAACACGGAAGGAUCUUGUCAAUGAGGCGAAGAAGGACUAUCCCGAAUUUAUCAAAGUUUUCGGUGAUGCCAUUGCCUGUGUCGAAGGACAUGCCGAUGACGAGACAGAAGAUUAA